UUGUCGAAAGAUGAAGAAGGCGAGGAGACUGAGGUCCGCCGUGAAGACCAGGACAAAAUCAAUCGUUUCAGUACACUGCAUCAANAAGAGAAGUUGUUGCAAGCGGAGCUCAAGACCAAAGAGAAGGAGAAGGAGGAUCUAGAAGAAGUCUCGUCAGAACUCGAGCUUGCCGACGAAGACGAGAAGGUUGGAGACUCGUUCUUCCUGCUACCUUUGCCCGAGGUUCAGGAGUUGCUGACAGCAUCAAUCGAGAAGAUCGAUGGGGAUGUCACAGCUGUGGAAGAAAAGUUGGGCGAACUCAGGGAAGAAAUGCAGCAGCUGAAGACAGCACUUUACGGACGGUUCGGCCGCAGCAUCAACCUCGAGGCAUAG